AUGGCUCAACGGCCCUUCAUAACCUGCCAUGUGCUCGAUACAGUCGCCGGCAAGCCUGGCGCUGGUAUAGACGUGAAGCUGAGACUCCUUUCACCCGCUUCCGAAAGUGAAGCUCAAUGGACGGCAAAGACGAACAGCGACGGUAGAGUGCCCACCUGGAGCUCGUCAAGCGAACUGAACGCGGUUGUGGCUAAGCUGAAGGGCGACAUUGGCGAUGACGAGCAAAUGGUGUGGUGCCUGACAUUCGACACUGAAGCGUACUUUGGCAAGGGCAAGACGUUCUGGCCGCAAGUGGACCUGACGUUUGCGGCAAAGAAGGAGGAAGAGCACUAUCAUGUACCGCUUUUGCUCGGGCCGUGGAGUUACACCACUUACAGAGGCUCGUGA